AUAUCUAUCAUCAUACACGGCAUCGUCAAUCAUCAAGUCCUUACCACUAUCAUAAUGGCAUCCUCAAGCGGCAACUACAUUAAUGAAGGGUGGCAACAAUAUCCAUUCCCUUCUCAGGUGAAUGCGGCUAGUUUUGUGUCUAUAAAGUUGUCCGAUAAGAGUAAUUAUGUGGCAUGGGUGGAACAGAUAUGGGGGCUGCUGGAAAUCCAUGAUAUGUUGGGGUUUAUCGAUGGCACGAUAAAGAAGCCGCGGCAGAAUCAUGGUUCAAGAACCAUGGCAGACGAUACUGCCUUUGAGGCCAAGUGCAGGGAAUGGAAAAGGUCAGACACCCUAGUCAAAGGAUGGAUCCUUGGUUCGUUGAGCGAAAAUGCGAUAAAAACUGUUGUUGGUCAGAACACUGCUCAUGAUGUUUGGAAAAUGCUACAGUUCAUAUACACUACAUACCGUGAUCCUGUUAGCAUCGCCACCAUUGACGCUACAGAAAUAGCCUCACAACAAUAUCCAUACCCUUCUCACGUGAAUGCGGCUAGCUUUAUGUCUAUAAAGCUGUCUGGUAGGAGUAAUUAUGUGCCAUGGCGGAAACAGAUGUUGAGCCUCGUGUUCAGCCAUGAUAUGCAUGGCUUUAUCGAGGGCUCCUUAAAGCGACCGGAGACUAAUAAUGGUCCUAAUCCAAAGUAUCUGGCGUGGAAAAGGUCGGAUGUCCUAGUGCAAGGAUGGAUAUUUGGCUCCUUAACUGAAGAUGUGAUGAGAAUUGUUGUGGAUCUUAACACUGCUCAUGACAUUUGGAAUACGCUAUACAUAAAGUACACUACCCCCCUUGCUCCUAUCAUCAGCGCCAACAAUGAUUAUGAUAAAUACAUCCCACUAUGUCGAGCUAUUGAACUAGGGGACUGGGAGAAGGCUCAAGAAUAUUUCAACCAGGACGAACGCACAUUGACUGAUAAACUCGACCAAAAAGGAAACAGUGCACUUCAUAUCGCAAUCAAAAAUCAUGUAAAUAUUACGUUUCUUGAGAAUCUCCUCAAUCAAAUAAACCCAGAGUCACUUCCAACCCUUGUCAACGAUGGCCAUUACCACCCGUUGCAGUAUGCGGUAUAUUAUGAGAACAAUGUCGCUAUAGAGAAGUUGGUCCAAACAUAUCCACAUUUGUUAUUCACUCCUGAGACUGACGAAAUGCCUCUUAUGAUAGCUGCGUCUUAUUCUCGGAGGACCACUUUUGAUUAUUUGCUUAAAGCCUGCAAACAAUAUAUUGAGCUCAAUCCAAAGGAUGUUCAGAUAAACCCCUUCAAGGGAAAAACUGGUUUUCUGCUUAUUAUUGUUACACUCAUGGGAGGGUUUUAUGAUGCUGCAUAUGACUUGCUCAAUAACUACCCUGAGCUGACUAUGGAAAAUGACCCUCAUCCCGGGGAAGCAUUAAUUUAUCUCGCAGGAAAGUGUGAUGCUUAUCGGAGUGCAAAACGAUACAACUUCUACCAAAGAUUUGUUUAUUCUCAUUUGCGUGCAGAGAUUUACAACUUAGGUGUUACAUCCAAGUAUCCGGAUAUUGAGAAUCAAGAGACAAACAAGGUCACCUCUAAGAGCUAUGUCUACCAAGUUAUGGAGAGGGUUCAUGUCAAAUUUUGGAAAGCACUACGACAUGUGUCGCAUAUCAACGACCUCUAUAUGGACAAAGUGAAACACCAUAAAGCUCUUACCGUACUGAAGUUUGUAUGCGAGAAAGUUGGUAAAUUAAAAUACAGUGGUGGCAAAGAUUAUGAAACGGCACUUAUUGUUGCCGUGGAGAAUAAUAUUCCUGAGGUAAUAGAACAUAUCACUCGGGCAAUUCCACAAUCAAUUCGGACCAUGAAAGAUAAUACAUAUACACUUUAUCACCUUGCAAUAAUGAACCGCUGUGAAAAUGCUUACAACAUUUUGGUGUAUGAGAUGAAUUAUCACAAGGAUUUGCUUUAUGGAACUCCUUUCUUUAAUAUCGAAAGCCUAAAUCACUUAGCUGGAAAAUUGGCACCUCAAGACAAACUCAAUAUGGUUACUGGUGCAGCAUUGCAAAUGCAAAGGGAGCUACAAUGGUUUCAGGAAGUACGCAAGUUAGUGAUGACCAAUGAGAGCAAAGCGGAAGGAAUCGAAACACCAAUCAUGGUGUUUAGAAGGGAACACGAGGAUUUGCGACAAAAAGGUGAAGAAUGGAUGAAAUAUACAGCAAAUUCAUACACAAUCACUGCUGCACUUAUUAUUACAAUAGUCUUUGCAGCAGCCAUUACAGUACCAGGAGGAAACAAUGGGGAUACCGGAAAAGCAAUUUAUAAAACAAAGCCGAGCUUCAUUGUAUUUAUUGUCUCAGAUGCAAUCUCAUUAUUCACAGCCACCACCUCUUUGUUGUUGUUUCUAUCCAUCCUCACAGCACGUUAUGCAAUCGACGAUUUUCUCUACAAGUUACCUAAGAGAUUAAUACUUGGCCUUGUCAUGUUAUUCAUGUCGGUGACAACGAUGUUGAUAGCCUUUGGUGCAACAUUAUAUAUUAUGUCUGGGCAAGAAAAUUCAUGGAUCUUAAUCCCGAUUUCUGUAGUAACAUGUCUACCAAUUGCUUCCUUUGUGACAUUGCAGCUACCAUUGUUAUAUGAUCUCAUAUCAUCAACAUAUGGUCGUGGAAUCUUUGGUAAACAAAGUGAGCUUCGGAUAACAUCAUAAUAGAAAAUUACGUGUUUCCUUUUUUUUUGGUGUACUUUUAGUAAUAACAAUAAAAAAUGAAAACUCUUUAGGUAAGUAAUGUAUGUUCUUACCAUACUAUCGGGUAUUAUUUCCAAGAUCAAUUUGCAUAUUUAAUUGCAGAAUGAAAUAUUCAACAACAA